AUGGCGAGCUCCAAAUGGCAGGGUUCUGUAGAAGCCAAGAUCAUGGCUCCGCUGGAGGUCGUGUGGAAGAUAGCAAGUGACUAUUACGAGCUAAAAAAGUGGUUUCCGGGCAUGAAAUCGUGCGAAAGAGUGGAAAGAGCGCCUGAACAGGGCCUGGGCUCUGUGCGCCGCUGUAUAAUAUGCUUGCCAUCCGAUGAGGAAAGCAGAGAUUUUUUCUUCGUAGAGGAGCUCAUCGCUCAGGACGAUACUAAACAUUCUUGUACUAUUCGUGUGACAGACACAGACUUGCCGAGCUUUAUGGGCUACGAGGGUACAGUUGAAUGCUGUGAAGCAGAGGAAGACGACAACUGUUUGAUGAAAUGGUCUUUUGAGAUGAACCCCAUCGCUGGGCGUUCCAAAGAGGACAUUGAGGCUCUUUGGAGCUCUAUUCUCACCGGCAAAGCCAAGAAGCUGGAACAGCUCACUUCUUCACAGUAA